AUGUGCCGCUGCGGAAAGACCUGUUCCAAGGUGUCUGUGGGCUUGGGCCUGCUCUUGACCAUUGCAGGCAUCGCCCUGUUGUUGGUGGGCGCGAUGUCGUUGACCAACAUCAGCUUGAAUGUGAGUGCCGGCAUCGAUGGAAGCACCACGGGCACGUUGGCGGCGCCCAGCGACCUGAACUGCCCCUACAUCAUUCUGAUCGGGCAGGACUCCGCCUGCAGCGAUUUCCAAGCUUCUGCCACGACCACUGCAGGCACCCUGGACACCGCCGUCUGCGGCAGCGAAGAUCUGCCGGAAGAUGGCGAGGGGCGCGCGCCGGCGCAGCGCAGCUUGCAGGACUUGGAUUGGACCAUCGGCACCUCCGAGACGAAGCUCAUCGAUUUGAAGUAUGCGGGGCAGUUGACCUUCGCUGCGGAUGGGGAUGCGGUGGUGAGCAGCAGUGAGGAUAUGUGGUCCAUGCAGCUCUGCGAUGUCUUCUCAGAGCUUUUUGCACAGGCUGGCCGCGCAAUCAUCAUGGUGGCCGCGGGCGCUGUGCUCCUGGUCGCUGGCCUCGUGACCUUCUUCAUUGGCCUCUGCACGGUGGAAUUCAGUGAGGUGUCUGUGGGCUUGGGCCUGCUUCUGACCAUUGCAGGCAUCGCCCUGUUGUUGGUGGGUGCGAUGUCCUUGACCAGCAUCAGCCUCAAUGUCAGCGCCGGCAUCGAUGGGACGACCACGGGCACGUUGGCGGCGCCCAGUGACCUGAACUGCCCCUACAUCAUUCUGAUCGGGACCGAUUCCGCCUGCAGCGAUUUCCAGGCUUCUGCCACAACCACUGCAGGCACCCUGGAUACGGCCGUCUGCGGCAGCGAGGAGCUGCCGGAAGACGGCGAGGGCCGCCGACCGGGGCAGCGCACCUUGCAGAACCUUGACUGGACGAUCGGCACUUCCGAAACCAAGCUCACAGAUUUGAAGAUGGCGGCGCAGUUGAACUUUGCGGCCGACGCGGAUGCGACGGUGUCCAGCUCCGAGGACAUGUGGUCGAUGCAGCUCUGCGACGUCUUCUCGGAGCUCUUUGCACAGGCAGGCCGCGCACUCAUCAUGGUGGCCGCGGGCGCAGUGAUCCUGGUCGCGGGUCUCUUGACCUUCUUCAUUGGCCUCUGCUGCUGCUGUUGCUGCGGCGCCAAGGAGUGA